AUGGCGUACUUGAGGUGCUACCUCUUAGUACGAGUUCGUUUAGUGAAUCCCAACUACUCGUCAUCUUCGGGUCGUGUUGAAGUGCUUUACAACGGUACAUGGGGAACCAUUUGUGACGACUUAUGGGACACGCAAGAUGCUGAAGUAGUUUGUCGACAGCUCGGAUACGAUGGAUCUUUACUAGCACCCCAUGCUGCAACAUUUGGACAAGGAACUGGUCAGAUAUGGCUGGAUGACGUUCAAUGUGUAGGAAAGGAGAUUUCGAUAUCAGACUGUUAUCACAGCGGAUGGGGCGUCCACAACUGUUGGCAUGGUGAGGACGCUGGAGUAGUAUGCCGACCUACAGUUCGUCUGGUAAGCCCUAGUAUUUCGCUAUCGUCCGGGCGUGUCGAAGUGCUGCACAAUGGUAUAUGGGGAACCAUUUGUGACUAUUCAUGGGACUUACAGGACGCUACAGUAGUUUGUCGGCAGCUUGGAUACGAUGGAGCUUUAUCAGCACCCGGUGAAGCAGCAUUUCGACAAGGCACUGGCCAGAUAUGGCUGGAUGACGUUAAAUGUAACGGAAAUGAGACAGUAAUAGCGCAGUGCAAUCACGCAGGAUGGGGAGUUCACAACUGUGGACAUAAGGAUGACGCUGGUGUGGUGUGCCGACCUGCAGCUGUUCGCUUGGUGAACUCUUUCAAUCACUCAUCUUCUGGUCGUGUUGAGAUACGAUACAGUGGUACAUGGGGAACCAUUUGUGACCACUCAUGGGACAUACGGGACGCUGAAGUAGUUUGCCGCCAGCUUGGAUUCGAUGGAGCGUUAUCGGCACCUCGUGAUGCAUCAUUUGGACAAGGAAAUGGUCCGAUAUGGCUGGAUGACAUGAACUGUGUAGGAAUGGAGAUUUCGAUAUCGGACUGUCGUCACAGUGGAUGGGGCGUCCACAACUGUGGUCACCAUGAUGAUGCUGGCGUAGUUUGCCGACCUACAGUGCGUUUGGUGGGUUCCGCCAAUUGGCCGUCUUCUGGUCGUGUUGAAGUGCUGUUCAAUGGCACAUGGGGAACCAUUUGUGACCACUCGUGGGACUUACAUGGCGCCAAUGUCGUUUGUCGUCAGCUUGGAUACGAAGGGGCUUCAACAGCGUCAAGAAGGGCAGAAUUUGGACAAGGAACAGGUCAGAUAUGGCUGGAUGAUGUUAAGUGUGUCGGAGAUGAGACCUCGAUAUCAGAUUGUAGCCACGGGGGAUGGGGAGUUCACAACUGUGGACAUAGUGAAGACGCUGGUGUGGUGUGCCGAACCGCAGCUUUUCGCUUAGUGAACUCUUUCAAUCACACAUCUUCUGGUCGUGUUGAGGUACAAUACAGUGGUACAUGGGGAACCAUUUGUGACCACUCAUGGGACAUACAGGACGCUGAAGUAGUUUGCCACCAGCUUGGAUUCGAUGGAGCUUUAUCAGCACCUCGUGAUGUAUCAUUUGGACAAGGAAAUGGUCCGAUAUGGCUGGAUGACAUAAACUGUGUAGGAAUGGAGAUUUCGAUAUCGGACUGUCAUCACAGUGGAUGGGGUGUCCAUAACUGUAAUCACUAUGAUGAUGCUGGCGUAGUUUGUCGACCUGCAGUGCGUUUGGUGGGUUCCGCCGAUUGGCCGUCUUCUGGUCGUGUUGAAGUGCUGUUCAAUGGUACAUGGGGAACCAUUUGUGACCACUCAUGGGACUUACAUGACGCUGAUGUAGUUUGUCGUCAGCUUGGAUACGAAGGAGCUUUAACAGCGUCAAGAGGGGCAGAAUUUGGACAAGGAACAGGUCAGAUAUGGCUGGAUGACGUUAGGUGUGUCGGAGAUGAGACCUCAAUAUCAGAAUGUCGCCACGGGGGAUGGGGAGUUCACAACUGUGGACAUAGUGAAGACACUGGUGUGGUGUGCCGAACAGCAGCUGUCCGUCUGGUUAAUUCCUACAAUUCGUCACAUUCCGGUCGGGUUGAAGUGCAAUACAAAGGUAUAUGGGGAACCAUAUGUGACGAUUCAUGGGACUUAAAUGACGCUAAUGUAGUUUGUCACCAGCUUGGAUACAAUGGAGCUUUAGCAGCAUUUCGUAGCGCAGUAUUUGGACAAGGAACAGGCCAGAUAUGGUUGGAUGACGUGCAAUGUGUGGGGAAUGAGACAUUAAUAUCACACUGCAAUCACUUAGGAUGGGGAGUUCACGACAUUUACUGUCGGAGCAUUGAUGACGCCGGUGUAGUUUGCCGACCCUCGGUUCGUUUAGUGAGCCCAAGCAAAAUGCGGUCUUCUGGUCGUGUUGAGGUGUGGUUCAAUGAUACAUGGGGAACCAUUUGUGACGACUCAUGGGACUUACAAGACGCUGCAGUCGUUUGUCAUCAGCUUGGAUUCGAUGGAGCUUUAUCCGCUCCCGGUAAUGCAGCAUUUGGACAAGGAAUUGGCCAGAUAUGGCUGGUUGAUGUUAACUGUGGAGGAAAUGAGAAAGACAUAGUGCAGUGCAAUCACGGUGGAUGGGGAGUUCACAGCUGUGGACAUAAUGAAGACGCUGGUGUGGUUUGCCGACCUUCAGCUGUUCGUCUGGUUAAUUCCUUCAAUUCGUCAAGUUCUGGACGUGUUGAAGUGCUGUACAAAGGUGUGUGGGGAACCAUUUGUGGCGACUCUUGGGACUUACAGGACGCUGCUGUAGUUUGUCGCCAGCUUGGAUUUGAAGGAGCUUUAACAGCAUUACGUACGUCAGAAUUUGGAUCAAGAAUAGGUCAGAUAUGGUUGGAUGAAGUGCAAUGUGGGGGAGACGAGUCAUCGAUAUCAGAGUGUGUUCACAGAGGAUGGGGAGAUCACGACUGUUCAUAUUAUUAUACCGCUGGCGUAUUAUGCCGACCCAGAAUUCGUUUGGUGAGCCCCAGUAAUUCACCGUCUUCUGGUCGUGUGGAAGUGUGGUACAAUGGUACAUGGGGAACCAUUUGUGGCAAUUCUUGGGACUUACAGGACGCUGGUGUGGUUUGUCGCCAACUUGGAUACGAUGGAGCUUUAUUAGCACCUAGCAAUGCAACAUUUGGACAAGGAAUUGGCCAGACAUGGCUGGAUAACGUUAAAUGUAUAGGAAAUGAGACAUUGAUAACACAGUGCGGUCACGAAGGAUGGGGAGUUCACGACUGUGGGCAUGUUAAAGACGCUGGCGUAGUUUGCAGACCGGCAGCUAUUCGUUUGGUGAGUCCCGACAAUUCACCGUCUUCUGGUCGUGUUGAAGUGUUGCACAUGGGUACCUGGGGAACCAUUUGUGAUCAUUCAUGGGACCUGCGGGAUGCUAAUGUGGUUUGUCGUCAGCUUGGAUACGAUGGAGCAUUAUCAGCGCCUAGAAAUGCAGCAUUUGGAAGAGGAACUGGCCAGAUAUGGCUUGAAGGUGUGCAGUGUGUAGGAGAUGAAAUCGCGAUAUCGGACUGUUAUCACAGAGGAUGGAAUGUGCACAACUGUGGGCAUUAUAGAGACGUUGGCGUUGUGUGCCGACCCAAAGUUCGUUUGGUGAACCCUAGAAAUUCACUGUCUUCUGGUCGUGUUGAAGUGCUCCAUAAUGGUACAUGGGGAACCAUUUGUGACAACUCGUGGGACUUACAGGACGCUGAUGUGGUUUGUCGACAGCUUGGAUACGAAGGAGCUUUAUUAGCACCUGGUGGUGCAGCAUUUGGACAAGGAACUGGUCAGAUAUGGCUGGAUAACGUUAAAUGUAUCAGAAACGAGACAUUGAUAACUCAGUGCAGUCACGGAGGAUGGGGACUUCACAACUGUGGGCAUCAUCAAGACGUUGGUGUGGUGUGCCGCCCCACAGUUCGUUUGGUGAGUCCCACUAAUUCACCAUCUUCUGGACAUGUUGAAGUGCAGUAUAGUGGUACAUGGGGAACAAUUUGUGAAAACGAUUGGGACUUACAGGAUGCACAUGUAGUUUGUCGCCAGCUUGGAUACAAUGGCGCUUUAUCGGCACCACGACUCGUAGUAUAUGGAGGAGGAAAAGGUCCCGUGUGGCUGAACAGGAUGCAAUGUGAAGGAAAUGAGACAUCAGUUUCACAAUGCAGUCAUGCGGGAUGGGGAGAGGACUAUUCUUACUGUUAUUAUCAUGCUGGUGUGGUGUGCCGUCGGCCAAAAGUUGUUCGUCUAAUAAAUUCCAACAAUUCGCCUUCUUCUGGUCGCGUUGAAGUGCUGUACAAUGGCACAUGGGGAACCAUCUCUGGCAGCUAUUGGGACCUAAAGGACGCUGAUGUAGUUUGUCGCCAGCUUGGUCACGAUGGAGCCUUGUCAGCGCCUCGCUAUACAGUAUUUGGACGACGAACUGGUCCGAUAUGGCUGGAUCACGUGCAAUGUGAAGGAGAUGAGACAUCCAUAACACAGUGCAUUCACAGAAUAUGGGGAGUUCACUCAUACUGGCCUUUUUCAGCUGCUGGUGUGGCGUGCCGACCCAAAGCGGUUCGUUUGGUGAGCCCCACCAAUUUACCGUCAUCUGGUCGUGUUGAAGUGUUUUAUAAUGGGAAAUGGGGAACCAUUUGUGAUAACUUAUGGGGCUCACAGGACGCUGAUGUAGUGUGUCGCCAGCUUGGAUACGAUGGAGCUUUAUUAGCACCUAGAGCCGCAGCGUUUGGACAAGGAACUGGUCCGAUAUGGCUGGAUAAGGUUGGAUGUUUUGGAAAUGAGAAAUCCAUAUUGCGAUGCAGUCACCAAGGAUGGGGAAUUGAGAACUGUGGGCAUAGUAAAGACGCUGGUGUGGUUUGCCAACCCAUAGCUGUUCGUUUAGUGAAUUCUUAUUCAUCACAUGCUGGUCGUGUUGAACUGCAGUAUAAUGGUACAUGGGGAACAAUUUGUAGCGACUAUUGGGACUUACCGGACGCAGAUGUGGUUUGUCGCCAGCUUGGAUACGAUGGAGCUUUACGAGCAGUUAGUAACGCAGCAUUUGGACAAGGAACAGGCCAGAUAUGGUUGGAUGACGUGCAAUGUUUGGGCAAUGAGACAUCAAUAUCACACUGCACUCACUUAGGAUGGGGAGUUCACAAUUGUCUUCACUAUGAGGACGCUGGCGUAGUUUGCCGACCUGCAGUUCGUUUGGUGAGCUCCACCAAUUCGUUGUCGUCUGGUCGUGUUGAAGUGUUUUACAAUGAUACAUGGGGAACCAUUUGUGACCACUCAUGGGACUUACAAGACGCUGAUGUAGUUUGUCGCCAGCUUGGAUACAAUGGAGCUACAUCAGCACCCCUAGCCGCAGCAUUUGGACAAGCAACUGGUCAGAUAUGGCUGAAUAACGUUAGAUGUUUUGGAAAUGAGAAAUCCAUAUCACAGUGCAGUCACCAAGGAUGGGGAGUUGAGAACUGUGGGCAUAGUCGAGAUGCUGGUGUAGUAUGCCGCCAACUAAAAGGUCAGUUAGAUUAUGAUCGUGCAAACUAUUAUUUUCAAUCUUUUUAG